AUGAACUUCUACCUCGAGAAGGUCACUCCUCUGUUCUGCUGCUAUACUGCUAGCGACAAGAAUCCUUUCCGUCAUGUCGUCGCCCAGGUCUGGGACACCGGGCUUAGAAGUACAAAGCAUGUAGCUGUCAUCAGGGCAGCACAAAGCCUCGCUGCGGUUUUCAAAUCCACAGAGGAUUCGAGCUUGCAGUCAAUGACGAGACUUCUCCAACAAGAAGCGCAAUGUCACAUUGACCAACUCUCCAGGAACGAAGGUUACGACUCCAUGGCUAUCAUGGCGCUCCAUCUGCUGGGAGCCAGUGCCAUGUACUCUCAAGACGUGACUUACUGGCAUUCCAUCGCGGCACAGCUGCAGAACGUCUUGAGUCUGGAUGCACGAGAAGACAAGGAGCAGAUCACGAGCAUCAGACUGCACGAUCGAGAACGACAAUUCUUCUGGGGUCUCCACAUGUACAACCAUCUGCACGCCACUUUUGUAGAGAACCACCUAUCGCUGCCAGCGAUACAAAUACCGGAAAAGUACUUUGAGGAUAUUGCUGGAAUUCGUCGACUGCCCCAUCCUUUCACAGGAGUUUCGAGCCACAUAACGUAUGCAUUGCUCACUGUGGGCAAGCUGAUCAAACGUCAACGACAAAUUGCUAAGAGUCGCUCGUUUGCAAGCGAACAGCAAAUUGAAAAUAUCCGGGCCCUUAUAUGUGAAGCGAAGAGCCUUGAAGUCAUGAUUCUGAAUCAAAGCGUUCCUGGUCCCGAGGACAUCGAAGACCCCAACGAUGAAGCGACACCUAUCGAGCAUUUAGUCAAGAUUGCCGAAUGCCACCGCAAUGCCGCUCUCCUACAGCUCUACCGCGUCUUUCCAGACGUUCUUCGGCGCAGGCUGGGACUGGACGAAACCAGCAUCAGUACGGAAGGGUUUUUGCUCAGACUUGCUUUACGCAUACUCGAUACUCUGACCACCAUUCCAACACGAUCAGGUACAACGCCGUUCCAGACCGUACUGUUACUCGCAAUGUCAAGCGAGCUGCGAUUUGCUGGUGACUUUACGAAUAUGGAUCAAGCUGCUCACAACAUCAGGAUAGCGAGAGCUCGAGAGUGGACACUCAUUAGAUUGAGCGAGGCCCAGCGACGGAUACCGGGCCAGAGAAUGUACAAUCUACUGAGAAAGGUCAGACAAAUGUGGGCGCAAUUGGACGUUGCUGGGCCUUAUGAUAUCGUCUUUUGGCUGGAUUUCAUGAUGUAG